GGCGGGGGGCUGGCUCCGUGGUUGCGCAGGCGCCGCAGGGAGCGAGGCUUCCUUCCUCCAGACCGCCGGGCCCUUUCCCCCCACAAGCGGGGGUCUCCGGAGCCGAGAUGCGCCAGGCCCUCACCCAGCCGCGCCCCACCUCCCUCCCGCUCUCCGUCUCCCUGGGGUCCUUCAAUAGAAGAAAAAAGAAUUCCCUCUACGUCACGGUGACCCUUCUCAUUGUGUCUCUGUUGAUUCUUACGGUUGGUUUGGCCGCUACCACAAGAACCCAGAAUGUCUCUGUCGGAGGCUAUUACCCAGGCGUUAUUCUCGGUUUUGGGUCAUUUCUUGGGAUUAUUGGAUCAAACUUGAUCGAAAACAAAAGACAAAUGCUGGUUGCUUCGAUUGUGUUCAUCAGUUUUGGUGUCAUCGCCGCCUUCUGCUGUGCCAUCGUGGACGGCGUUUUCGCAGCCAGGCACAUAGAUCUUCGGCCGCUGUACGCGGGACGGUGUCACUACUACUCCAAAACCACAGCCUCGCCAGAGGCCAUCUGCAACACUAGGCCGGGUGCGAGCUGCAUGCCGAAGAUCAAAACCAAUACUUGUUUCUGUUGCGACUUGUACAACUGUGGAAGCAGAGUGCAGAUCUCCGGCGGCUAUUACGAGUACAUCGACGUCAGCAGUUGUCAAGAUAUCAUCCACUUGUACCAUUUGCUCUGGUCGGCCACCAUCCUGAACAUCGUGGGAUUGUUUCUGGGGAUCAUCACGGCUGCCAUCCUGGGUGGCUUCAAAGAUAUGACUCCUUCGCUCCCGGCUCUGAACUGCACGGUCGAAAACCCGCGCCCAGCCGUUUCCUACUAUUCGAGACCCCAAGUGACGUCGUACAACACCUACUACCACAGCACGCCCCACCUGCCACCAUAUUCAGCAUAUGACUUCCAGCAUUCCACCCUGUUCCAGGCCUCCGUGCCGUCGGGGCUUUCGGAGGAGCCUCCGUCCUUAUCGCCGUCGCCGAGUUAUGUGUGGACGCCCACGGCGCCUCCCCGUUACUCCCCGCCGUACUUCCCUCCAUUCGAGAAGCCCCCGCCGUACACGCCGUAGGAGUUGCACGCCCACUGGGACUGGUUGCAGACCUUUUUGUACUGGAAUCCGUCGCCACCGCAUCCACAGAUAUAUGAAACAAGGCGUCUUUGCGAUCGAAGAGCUUUGGGCUUAAGGUCACAUCGAGGCACGUCAUGAACACCUUCCUUGACGGGAGCGGUUUCGUUCAGAUGGGCUUUGAGACCCGUAUUAGCCGUCAGAGCAUGUUAUUGUGAUCGACAGACGCCAUUAAAUGUGCGACAGACUGGAA